ACAAAAUGACGUGCUGCGUGGGUCACAUGGGUUUUAGUCCGAAGUGCACAAAUUUCUCAGAUUCCACGAAUUUUAUCCUUUAUAUCUAGUCUUUAAUCGGGUUGAAAAUGGCGAUAGAGGCCUGGUACAUGGACUGCUCAGACGAGGACCAGAGGAAGCCCCACAGGCUGAACCCCAACCAGCCCGUCUCCCUGGACGAGUUGAAGAAGCUCGGAGUUUUCUGCUGGAAACUCAAUGCUGAUAUAUAUGAAGCGGAUCCAGCACUGGAGAAGAUCAGGAAAGACCACGGCUACUCUUACAUGGACAUUAUUACAAUUCAAAGGGACAGCCUGCCUAACUAUGAGCAAAAGCUGAAGAUGUUCUAUGAGGAGCAUUUACACCUGGAUGAUGAAAUCCGCUACAUCCUGGACGGGCAGGCCUACUUCAAUGUCCGGGACAAAGAAGACCGAUGGAUCCGAAUCGCCAUGAAAAAGGGGGACUUGAUCACCCUGCCAGCUGGCAUCUACCAUCGCUUCACCCUGGAUGAGACGGAUUACACCAAAGCCAUGCGGCUGUUUGUCGGGGAGCCGGUGUGGAAGGCCUACAACCGGCCGGCCGACGACUUCGACAUCCGGCAGAAAUACUUGGCUUCACUGCAGGGAUCCUGAGAGGGAGCAGAUUCCCUCCUAUACACUAAAAUCACCACCUCCUUUGUUACUCCUGUUGGUCAGCAAGAAGAUUGAUGAAAACCUUUUAUGAUUGAAAUCUUCACUUACAAGGCCUUAGAUAACUCCUAGUAUUAUGCAGGACAGAGCUCACUUCAGAUGUUUCUACUGCUUUUUGUUUCAAAACAUCAUGUAUUCUUUUACCUGCAUUUCAGGUGAGGAAUUUAAAGUAAACCCUUUUCCACUAAAAUGUGCCUUUACUUGUAAUAAUCAAACCAUUGUUAACAUAAUUCAGAAAAAUGGUCAAGAUGGUGUUUAGAAGUAUGACGGAUUAUUAGGGCAAGGCUAUAUUUUUUUUUUCUUCUAUAUCGAGAACAAAGACGUAACAUUACAACAGGUCGUAAAAUUACGAGAAUAAAGUCGUAGAAUUACGAAAAACAUGUAUUUUAUGACAACUCUUGAAAGAAGUACUUUUUUCCAUAAAAU